UCAGUUGCAGCUCAAGGGCUCUGGAGAGAGCACAGGCUCAGCAGCUGUGGAGCACGGGCUCAGCUAUCCCACGGCAUGUGGGAUCUUCCUGACCAGGGGUUGAACCUGUGUCCCCUGCAUUGGCAGUGGUUCUUAGCCACUGGACCACCAGGGAAGCCCCCAGCCAAGUUGCUUUUAUUUUUAUUUAUUUAUUUUUAAAUGUACUUUCAUUAAAGUGAAAGUGAGGUCGCUUAGUCGUGUCCGACUCUUUGCAACCCCGUGGACUGUAGCCUACCAGGCUCCUCCAUCCAUGGGCUUCUCCAGGCAAGAAUACUGGAGUGGGUUGCCAUUUCCUUCUCCACCAAGUUGCUUUUAAAAGGGUAGAAUGGAUGUACUUGAGAGAGAAAAGGUGAAGAGGAAAGGUUUUGUAGGUGCUGGCCUCACAUCUGGGUACAUUUCCAAUGGUCAGAAAUGGGAGGGCAUUCUACUAUGAGGAAGCAGUGUGAUCAAAGGUCUAAACUGAAAGUGUCUUGUUUGUGUUAACGAAAAAGGGGAAGGAAGCAAGCAGCAAGAAAAAGAGCCUCAGAGGUGACAAAGAAAUAAGGCAUCUCUCAACUUGGACAUCCUUGGUAACACCAAUACAAUAUUCACCUGAGUCAGAUAUUUGUUGCAGAGGUAUGAUUGUGCUUGUAUAUGCAUGGACUGUUUCUGGAGAACACCUAAGAAACUGAUGACAGUAGUUACCUCUGAAAAAGGUAUUAAAAAGAUUCAUAAUGUGUGUUUUCAAGAAAGUCAGCCUUUGCAAGUUAUUUUUCAAAAGAAUAUGUGUGCUAAUACACUAGUGAUUCAACCAAGGGUGCUUGCUGAGGCAAUUGUUCUUUUUACAUCGAGUCAAGAGGAAGUUACUCUUGCUGUUACUCCGCUGAAGGUUUGCAUUAAGAGUUCUAAUGAGGAAUCAAUGGACCUGACCAGUUCUGUAUACAGUGAGAUGUUUGUUGGUCCAGAUGAGUUUGACUUCUUUCAAGUUGGAAUUGACACUGAAAUAACAUUUUGCUUCAAAGAACUGAAGGGAGUGCUGAUAUUUUCAGAAGCUGUACAUGCUCCUAUAGCCGUUCAUUUUGACUUUCCUGGGAAACCCAUGGCUUUAAGUAUUGAUGAUAUGUUAUUGGAAGCCAACUUUAUUUUGGCUACAUUAGCUGAUGAGCCAAGUAGAGCAUCUUCUCCACAAACACUGUGUCUUUCACAAAAACAAAAAAGGUCAGAGCCGAUACAUUCAAAUUCAAAGGCUGGUAAAAAUGCAACCAGCAAGGUCCCAGAGUAUAUCUCAAGAAAAGUAGAACUGAAAAGGCUGUAUUCUGAUGAGACUCCCACGAACACCUCUACAUUGGAAAAUUGUGGCAGCCCUUUAAUGAAAAGAGCGAACAAAGACCUUACUGAAGUACCCGAAAGCAGUGGAGAUAUUAGUGAAGUCCCAGAGAGCAGUGUCAGCGACACGGAAGAAGUGCCAGGGUCUCCAUGUCUCAGGAAGUUCUCUUGCAUGUUCUUUGGAGCAGUUUCUUCUGACCAACAAGAACCCUUCAGCCUCCCUUUCCAGAGUCUGGCAACAGCAAGUGACAAUGAAGAGGACAUGAAGAGUGGCAGUUUCUCCACAUUCUAACAAUGAUGGCUGAGCUCGCCCCCCUGCCCAUUUACUUGUACUGAAAACACAUUUUCACAUUUAAAUCUAUGAAGAUACUGUCUUGGGCUUCCUGGAGAAUGGGCUACUGGUUAUCUAAACAUCAUCUUGUACAACCACCAUAUCUAGCAGUAACUACUUGUCAAUAAAUGUA